AUUCUUCCCUAGCUAGUUGCUUAUACCAGCCAUGUGCCUCUUUCAAACUUUAUAAAAUGGUCCUUUUCCUUCACCACCAGCUUUAAGCAUUAUUUUUAAUUAUAUUAGUUCUCUCCACUAGCUAGCUUCUUCUUCUUCUUCUCCUCCUUCGAGCAUACCCAUGUCUGAACUUAUGGUUUCAAGCCUUAUGCUCUCUGCUCUUUUAGGGUUCAGCAUCAUUAAUCUCUGCGCAGCAGAGCUUCAGCGAUUUCAAAACGCAGCCAAAGGUGAUGGAUCUCUUAGCCUCUUGGUUGUGGGAGACUGGGGAAGAAAAGGAGCUUAUAACCAAUCUCACGUUGCUCUUCAGAUGGGAAUAAUUGGAGAGAAAUCGGACAUCGAUUUUGUAAUAUCGACAGGAGAUAAUUUUUAUGAAAAUGGAUUAACGGGUGUGGAUGAUCCUGCAUUUUAUGAAUCUUUCACCAAAAUUUACACGGCACGCAGCUUGCAGAAGCAAUGGUAUAGUGUUUUGGGUAACCAUGACUAUAGGGGUGAUGUUGAGGCACAAUUGAGUCCAGCCCUUAGACAAAUUGAUAGCAAAUGGCUUUGCUUGAGAUCUUUUAUCGUUGACACUGAAAUAGCUGAUUUUUUCUUUGUGGACACAACUCCGUUUGUGGACAAAUACUUCAAAGACAAAGACCAUGAAUAUGACUGGAGUGGCAUAGUACCUCGAAAAAGUUACCUUUCGAAUCUCCUAAAGGAUUUGGAUAAGUCCUUAAAAGAAUCCAAAGCAAAAUGGAAGAUUGUGGUAGGCCACCAUACUAUCAAAAGUGCUGGAAACCAUGGAAACACCCAAGAACUCAACAAGCAACUACUCCCAAUCCUUGUGGUAGGUCUUCUAAUUAAAUUUGAUCUUUUUUUAAAAAAGAAAAUGAACCCAUAUAAUCAUAAUUAUUAUCCUUUAAUCAUUAUUGAUCUUCAGGAAAAUAAUGUGGAUCUUUACAUAAAUGGGCAUGACCAUUGCUUGGAGCACAUAAGCAGCAGUGAAAGUGAGCUUCAAUUUUUAACGAGUGGAGGAGGGUCAAGGGCUUGGAUAGGAGAUAUUGAUUGGUGGAAUCCGAAGGAGAUGAAGUUUUAUUACGAUGGUCAAGGUUUCAUGUCCGUUGAGAUCACUGAAACUCAAGUGGAUGUUAUGUUCUAUGAUGUUUCUGGCCACAUUUUGCACAAAUGGAGCAGGAAUAAACAGCCUUACUCUAUUGUCUGAAACUGUUAUAUCCUGCAACUAAGGAAGAAGAAGAAGAAACUGCUAUCUCAUGGUAGUCUUGGUUUUUUAUGGAAAUGGGGAAAUGGGAAAAUGGAAAAGUAAAAAAGAAAAGGUUUGGUUUA